UAUGAUCUCAUCUUAAUGAAAUCGUACAGGUUGGUGGUCGUCGUGCAUUUUCAUGACAUAACUUGUUGCAUCUUUAAACAAACACACUCCUGCAUUAAUAACGAUAAAAAGAGAUUAUCUCUUUCUCCACUGCAAGAAUGAUGACAAGUAAUAAAUUAAUAAGUCGAUCCACAUUCACUCGUCUUCUACAUCUACGCCUACGUACUAUUGCAACAUUUUUUUUUAGAAACGUCCCUCCUCAGAAAUUCUUCUAGUAUUACUUAAUUCGUUCACGCUGUUCUCGAGAAAAUUUAUGAAAACUUUUCUUGUCUUUAUACUUGCAAGUAACUACAAGUACAACAGUCCCUUGAUUAUCCCUCCAUCUUGAUUUGUCCUUGAACAAACGGAGCUACAAUACAACAUCGGCAAGAUGACAUUGACUUUGACGUUGAGCACGUCCCCCUCGUGGCAGGGAACAAAUGCCGUUUUGCCUACAAGCAGGAACAGAUGCUUCUUUCUCCGCUCCUUCCUGAGGGGUUGCAUUGUGCUGUCGGCGCCUGUGCCAUUCGUGUCAGCGGCAAGUCCCGCCUCCUUGUUGCGCUCUCCUGGCGCACUGAGACGCUGCUCUGCGCGGGACAAUCUUGCCAGCUUGGCAGAAAAAAUGCCGGCAGUAGAACCUAAACCUGCUCAACACAAAUCGAAAUCCUCCCCCUCAUCCGUUCGGCUGGCUGCGACAGCCGCAGCUACUCUUGUCGGGAGGCUGACGGAAGGAGCAAGUACCGAUAAUUAUCUGAGGGCUUGUUGCGAGCGUAGAAGGAAAGCGGCUUACGACAAGGACGAGGAUGACGAGAAAGAUGAUAUCUCUCAUCUUGAUGAAGAUGACGAUGAAGGUGACAAUAGAUUCGAUAUUCUCGGAGGUAGUAGAAGCAUGAAGCCGAAAAUUCCGGAAGAUGCACGUUUGCAGAUGAUGAAGACUCCAGAAGAUAUACGUUUCCUAGAAUGUCUCGCAAAGAACUUGAAAUUCUACCAAGAAACGGAUAGGGUCGUCUUAACACAUGAUCAUCAUAUUAACGCGUUUGCUCCUACUAAAAAGGAACAAGAAAUAAAGCCCCAAGAAAGAGUUCACUCAGGAGCGGCCCCUCAACCUGUGGCCAACAUCAUGCUUAUUUCCAAGAGCUCGCUGCUUGAGCAAAGUAGUAGAACAGGUUAUCCGACUUCUACAACUGAUGUUGAAGAUGAACAAGUCGCAUUUGAGGUUGAUCACCCUCGUUUCGAUGCUCUGGUAGGAAGUGUUGUUGGUCAUCAUCUUGAUAUUGGAGAAACUGGCGACUUUCAGUACAUUGUAAAGCUGGACGUUGACGUUGACGAUUAUAAAGCACUGGACCAGGAGGACGAGGUAGAUGUCAAAGGCCAUCAACUACAUCUUCUUAGUACUCCUCGAAUUAUCUUCUAUCCUUUUCAGUCUUGCACAACGUGCGUCCUGCGUUCGCAAAAAAGCGUCCGUGCGGCCACAGAGAAAGACGAGAGAAAAGAGGAACUUCGGCGGCGGCAGCAAGAAUCGUGGAAAGAAGAGGAGCAAAGGAAAAGGGAGCAGGAAAGCCAGGCUGCUGAACGCAUACUGGUCAAGGAGAUGAAGCAAUUGAAUUUGAAUAAUGGACAUCCGGAAUUCCGGGGACCUCUAGAUGCUGAUUUUCUACACGUACAACAUGCAGCUAAAGGUAAAGGAGAGAAGAGCACAUCAGAAGAUAAUACUUGCACUAAGAGUCCGGCAUUGAGUUCUACUUCGUCGAAACAGACGGAACCAACUACAACGCCGCACACGCACUUAAUGGAAGUUUUGAAUAUUGGAGAAGGAUAUACCGGCGAAGAUUCAUCACCGCCUCCUACAAAAGAUUCUCCUGAUUCCUCCCCGAGCAGUACCAAUAGUAAUGCCAGUACUUCUAGUUCCACUUCUUCAGCGGAGCCAGAUGAAGAUAAAGAGCAUCAACGGGACUGCCCCAUGAAGGUUAGUGGAGGAAAGAUGACGAAGACCAGUAGUCCUGACGCAAAAGAGGCAAGCAAAAUGAUCUUCGCGGAACGACCGGUAUUAAAAGUCGAUGGUGACACCAGACCCAGGGCAAUCUUAGGGAAAAUAGGACUAGGAGAUCGAGAUGUAGGAGAAAGGGAAGACAUUAAAGAUUUCAACAUCAUCAACGCUUGCCCUUGCAGCCAAGCAGAUAACAUUAGUGAAGGAGGACGAGAACCUUGUGCUGACUGUGAUAGAGAAGACAUUACUAUUGACCCUGAACAAAAAGAGAAAAGGCGGGUGCCGACGUCGUUUUCGGAAGGAUGCAAAAAAAGCAUGGCGCAGGCGCAGCUUAGACCAAGGAGUUGA